AUGGCUUCUUCGACAUUUGCAACCGAGAGACAGGCCUACGGCGGCCCAGACGCUAUGCUCGGAAUUGUAAUGCAAUUAGAUUUGUAUGCGGAAUUAAAAGGGCAUAACGAUCAUGUAAGCAGCAUGGAAUUUAACUCCAGCGGUGACCUCCUUGUGUCAGGGGCUUAUGAUAAUCAAGUCAUAUUUUGGAACUGGGAAACUAAAACUAGAAGACUCUCUUAUGAUCCUGGAAACUUGAAGAAUGUACAACAAGCCAAGAUAAUGCCUCUUACGAAUGAUCGCAGAAUAGUAACUGCUUGUGGAGAUGGUCAGGUGAGGCUAGGUGAGGUCUUAGAGGAUGGCCAAGUUCAUACAAAAAGGUUGGUGAGUCACAGAGGCGCUGUUCACAAGCUAGCUGUAGAGCCUGGAAACCCCAAUAUAAUUUACAGCUGUGGUGACUAUUCUUUUGUUCAACACUUUGACCUGCGAAGCAAUUCUGCUACAAAGCUAUUCAGUUGCACCAGAUUGAUAAGAGGAGAGCCGCAUCCUGGCACAUUAGAUUUGUAUCAGAUGGUAUUCGACCCCUCGAAUCUAAACUACUUUUGUCUAGGAGGUAAUGAUGCAUAUGCACGCGUCUACGACAUAAGAAAAUGCUGGCAGGACAGAUCUAGUAGUUUGGUUAAACCUGUGAACACAUUUCGCCCUGCUCACCUGAUUUAUCCACACCAUUUUAUGAUCACAGGGUUGGCAUACUCUAACUCCAGUGAGCUACUUGUGAGCUAUAGUGAUGAGCUCAUUUAUCUGUUCCAGAAGCAUAUGGGGCUGUCUCCCCCAUUGUUCCAACCUGAAGACAUGGAGGAGGUUGACAAGCCUGCACAGUUCGUUGGUCAUAGAAAUGGAAAUAUAUGUAGAGUAAAUUUCUUUGGGCCUAAUGACGAGUAUGUCUUAAGUGGCAGUUAUUGCGGCCAUAUUUUCAUUUGGAAGAAGAAUGGAGGUGAACUUGUUUGUGUUAUGACCGGCGACUCUCUAGAUGUAUAUGACAUUCAACCGCAUCCACAUAAUCCGGUCAUUGCCACCUGCGGAUCGGAAAACAAUCUAAAGCUUUGGGCUCCGGUGGCAAAUGAUGAUGCAUCUCCACUGCCUGACGACAUUGCAGAGAUUAUGGAGUCUAAUCGUCAAGCUAGGAUUGAUUCCUAUAUGCCGUUUUUCGCUAGCGAAAAUCAUUAUCAAAGAAUGAGGGGACAGUCCAAUGGUGAUGCCACUUCUGAAGAGCGUUGA